AUGACAAUACAGGCGCACAAGAGGACUCUUUCAGAGGUUUCCACCAGCUCAGUGGGGCAACUGAAAAGGCGCGAGGGCUAUACUGAAGAUUACACUGACGAAGGAUCAGACAUAGACAUGCCAGAGUAUGUGACGGACUCGGCCAACAACCAGCAGUGGCAGGACACGAUAUCGCGCGUGGUGCAAUCGGUGGUGUCUGUGCAUUUUGCCCAGGUCGCGCCAUUUGACUGCGAAUCUGCGCUGGUUUCCGAGGCGACAGGCUUCGUAGUGGACGCCAAGCUGGGUAUAAUCCUGACCAACCGGCAUGUUGUGGGUGCGGGUCCCUUUUCUGGCUACGCGGUCUUCGAUAACCACGAGGAGUGUGAUGUGAUUCCGAUAUAUAGAGAUCCAGUGCACGAUUUUGGAUUCCUGAAGUUCGAUCCCUCCACUAUCAAAUAUAUGAACGUCCAGGCGCUGGAACUAAAGCCUGCCCUGGCGAAAGUCGGAUCUGAAAUUCGGGUAGUCGGUAACGAUGCGGGGGAGAAGCUGAGUAUUUUGGCUGGGUUCAUUAGCAGAGUGGACAGGAAUGCGCCGGACUAUGGUGAACUUACCUAUAAUGACUUCAACACCGAAUAUAUACAAGCUGCCGCGGCCGCUUCGGGUGGAUCCAGUGGCUCACCUGUUGUGAAUAUUGAUGGAUACGCUGUUGCCCUACAGGCAGGUGGCUCCACGGAAGCCUCCACGGACUUCUUUCUGCCGUUGGAUAGAAUAUUGCGAGCCCUGCGUUGUAUCCAGGGAUCACAGCCCAUUACGAGGGGCACAAUACAAACUCAGUGGCUGCUAAAGCCGUACGAUGAAUGUAGGAGAAUGGGCUUGUCUCCAGAAAGCGAAGCCAAAGCCCGCGAACAGUUCCCUGGCAAAAUUGGGCUACUUGUGGCAGAGACCAUUCUCAGGGAAGGCCCCGCUGACAAAAGUAUAAAAGAAGGAGACAUAUUGAUAUCGAUCAACGGGCAGAUGAUUUGUUCAUUUAUUCAGGUGGACGCAAUCCUAGAUGAAAACGUUGGCAAGCCUAUUACACUCGUGGUUCAAAGAAGUGGCAUAGAUAUCACUGUUGAAUGCACAGUUGGUGACCUGCAUGCAAUUACGCCAUCUAGAUAUGUUGAAGUGUGUGGAGCGACGUUCAACGAACUUUCGUACCAGAUGGCAAGGUAUUACGCAAUUCCAGUGAGAGCGGUUUUCUUAAGUAGCGCAACAGGUUCUUUUUGCUUUGAUACGAAAGAAAAGCUCGGCUGGAUUGUUGAUGAAGUCAACAAUCAGCCAACGCCAACCCUCGAUACAUUCAUUGAAGUCAUGUCAACAAUUCCUGAUUGCUCUAGAGUUACUGUCCAGUAUCACCACCUAGUUGAUCAACACUCUCCUCAUGUGACUACUGUCUAUAUUGAUCGGCACUGGUGUAACGAAUUCCGCAUAUUCGAAAGAAACGAUGAAACCGGUAUUUGGGAUUACAAGAAUCUUGCUGAUCCCAUUCCUGCUCUUCCGUUGAAACCCCAAACUGCGAAAUUUAUAGACCUACCAAUCAGCAAUCCAAAGCUUGCCAGGCUAGCUCGUAUGCUUGUAAUGGUUUCGACAAUUGGACCAGUCCCCCUAGAUUCGGUCGACCCAGAACCCCGGAAGGCUGCGGGUUUGGUACUAGAUGCAAAACAAGGCUACGUGAUCGUUUCGAGAAGGAUAGUCCCACAUGACUGUAUGGAUGUAUUCGUUACUAUCGCUGAGUCGGUAUUGGUUCCAGCAUCCGUUGUCUUUCUACAUCCUACUCAGAAUUAUGUCAUUGUGAAAUACGAUCCAGCGCAAGUCCAAGCUGCGGUAGAAACGCCAAUACUUUCUACCGAACGUCUAAAGCGUGGUGAUAAAGUCCAGUUUGUUGGUUACACUCACAAUUUCCGUUCUGUCUCCUCUGAAACAACAGUAACAGACAUUUCUUCCCUCAGUAUUCCAAGUAACAUGGUUCCUCGUUACAGAGCUACCAAUUUGGAAGCGAUUUCUAUUGAAUCAAGUGUGGGUUCUCGUUGUCACUCGGGAAUUCUUGCCGAUGACGAUGGGACUGUCAGAGCUUUGUGGCUCUCGUUCUUAGGGGAGAAACAGGAUGAGAAGGACAAAAUAUACCUGAUGGGAUUGGAUUUGGUUGAUAUAGGCGAAGUUGUUGAGGUCUUAAAGAAGGGCAAGAUUCCACGUGUGAAUAUUGUGGAUUCUGGCUUUGGCUCAAUCUCAGUCCUACAGGCUAGAUUAAGAGGCGUGCCAGAGGAAUGGAUUAAACGAAUGGAGAGCGAGUCUGAAAACCGAUUGCAGUUCAUCACCGUGACGAGAGUCUCUUACACCGACGAAGAGCAAAAACUUGUGAGCGGAGACAUCAUACUCUCCGUCAACGACCAGCUUGUGAAGCAGAUGCGUGACCUGGAAGGUAUCGUCACAACAACAGAUGUGCCCGCGGUCCAGCAGGUGCUGCGCUUCAAGAUCGUCAGAAAGGGUUCCAUAAUGGAUCUCGAUAUCAAGACUAUCGAGGUGGAGGAGACGUCAAAGAUCGUGAUUUUCGCGGGCUGCAUCCUGCAGGCUCCACAUCAUGCCGUGCGCCAGGCUAUGCUGAACAUCCCCAGCGGGGUCUACUGCACGUUCCGUGGGCAGUCAUCGCCUGCGAUCCAGUACGGUAUCUCGUCUACAAACUUCAUCACACACGUGAAUGAGAUCGAAACCCCAGACCUGGACCGCUUUCUCGAGGUGGUACGCACGAUACCAGACAACACCUACUGUAAAAUCCGUCUUGUGACCUUCGACAACGUGCCUUUUGCUAUCUCCCUGAAGACAAACUACCACUACUUCCCCACCAGCGAGCUCUCCCGCAACUCCGACACCGGCCGCUGGAUUGAGCACCUCUGCAACGCUACCCCCGCUAAAAACUAG